AUGCACCUUCCACCUUUUCACCACGUCCGACGCGUUCCCCUACCUCCAAGAAUUCUGUGGACUCGUGUUUGGGCGAUUUUUGCACCCAUAUGCUGGGUCUUACUCCCGAUAGCUAUUGCGAGCCCCGGCUUUGAGGACCCAGGGUCAUAUCAUGGCCAAGUCGUUGGUAUACAAAUCGGCAACUCCUACUCGCGAAUAACAUUUCAAAGUAACGAUACCAAUGAUAAGAACGGUCACGGGCAGCAUAUGCGAACUAUUCCUUCUUGGGUUUAUUUCGGCAAGAACGAAAUAAUCGCAGGCGACAAGGCUAAACAAGCCUAUCUGGUCGAUCCCAAGAACGCUGUUUGGAAUAUCAAUCGACUAUUGGGCCGCAAGACAGAAGAGCUAUCACACGAAGAUAUUGAACGCUGGCACUUUCAAAUCCAAGAUCGAGGGGGAUACCCAGGGGUGUUCAUCGCGAUUUCACAGACCCCGCAAGACGUUAUUGCGGCAAUCAUAAAGAAUCUGAAACAAUCUGCUGAAGAUUCCCUGGGCCACCCAGUAACUCACGCCGUCGUAGCCGUCCCACCAUUAUAUCUCGAAACACAACGCGAAGCGGUCAAAGAUGCAGCCCGUCUAGCAGGUCUAGCAGCUUUGCGAGUGACUGCAGAUUCAGUAUGUAUAGGCCUGGAUCACGGCUUCAGCAAAACUUCGGCCGAGUAUUACACACUGGUAUACGACCACGGCGGUGAAUCACUCGACGUCUCUGUCCUCUUCAUCGAAGACGGUAUCUUCGAGCACCUAGCAAAUGUCAGCAACCCCCAUAUCGGUGGCCGUCAGUUCAGUGAUGGGAUUAAGGCGUAUCUUUUGGAACAACACGCUUGGAAGUCGGCGAUGUCGAAGGACGUACAUUUGAACCCUUGGGUGUCUGCUAGAUUUGACGAGGAGGUGGAGAGGGCGAAACGCUUGUUAUCGACGGGAGACGAAGUGUACAUACAGAUCGACGAUUUCUACAAUGGGAAAGCUUUGAGGGAACGCCUGACACGCUCGAAAUUCGAAGAAAUCAGCCGGCCAUUACUUGAAAAGUCGCUGGCUGUAGUAAAGCAAGCCCUUCGAGAGGCUCGAAUUCCAGAAGGCGAAACUCUCCAUCAGAUUCUCCUCGCCGGCGGCUCCUCAAAUAUUCCUGCAGUCAAGCAAAUGCUGUCGGACUUCUUAGGGAAACCAGUAAGCCAGACGGCAUUGCCAGAGGAGUCCUCCAUCCGAGGCACCGCUCUCCAAGCCGCUAUAUUCAAUUCGCCAGUCGAUGAUAUCCUCGGGAAUUUCGAAGUCACACCAUGGGGCGUGAGCGUCCUCACCCACGGCGGGAACAUGACUCGUAUGAUUCUGCCAUGGAGUAUAACUCCAGUGGCUCGCAAUAUCAGUUUUACGACGACUGUAGACAACCAAGAAAAUAUAACGAUUGAAUUAUAUAAAGGCUACGAUUCUGUUGCGAGAGGAAACAAACAAUUGGGCCAAUUCGAGAUUCAUGGGCUUACUCCUGCUCCAGCCGGAGUUCCUGAGAUUGUCAUCGGUGUUGAGGUGGAUGCUGGAGUUGACCAACUCAAAAUCGGCGUGCUCGAACAGUCUAGUAACAGGACAUGGUCGACUGUAUUGUUACCGGAGCGUAGUGGGCAGUGGGAGGACGCGUUAGAGCGACAAGCCGUUGAAGCGCAGUCUGACCUGGACCAUGGAGUUGCCAGACGCCGGCUGGUCGUCUUUGGAUUCCUAAGUGACCUCGUCGAAGAAUUGGCAGAGCAGUUGGGAUCUCAGCCGAUGAAGGACGACAAUGUAGCCAGGCUAGCAGAAAUAUACCUGGACGGAAAACUGUGGAUAGAAACGAACAAAGUCGAUGCGACCACAGAGGGCAUAGUGGCACAAUUGAUAGUUCUUCAAAAGCGCAUCGACCCUGUUGGCAUAGUUGAGUUCUCCAAACCUACCAAUGAUAAACGCAACGAUAUUUGGGAUAGGGAGUAUACAGAGCUGUAA